AGCAACCCUGUACAGACGCCGGACACUUGGAAAAAAAGAGAAAAAAAGAGUAGAAGCCUUCUCGGAAAAAUCGCCCAGGAAACAUUAAAAGUCCACCAAACGCAGUUCCGCAGAGCUGAAAAAAACGUGUCGCGCCGCAAGUCGGAAGAAGGUACAUACAAGUUAGGAACAUGUCGGACAUCUCCAGCGAGGACCUGCGCCGCGAAAUCCAAGCGGUGCUGAAGGACGCCGACUUGUCCACUAUUUCCGCUAAGCGAGUUCGCGAGCAGGUGGAGGGCAAGCUCAACUGCUCCCUGCUGAACCGAAAGAAGGAGUUCGACAAGAUCGUUAUGGAGGUGAUCAAUGAGCAGCAGGAUGAGGAGGAUGACGAGGACGAUGACGAUGGCAAGGACCCUGAUGCCGAUCCCGAUGAUGAGAGCGAGCAGAGCGAGGAGGAAGAUCCCAGCAGCAGUGAGGAAGAGUCCCAGAAGAAGAAGAAGCCGGGACCCAAGAAGCGACCUCAGCCCACCAAGCACAAGGCGCCGAAGAAGAAGCGUAAGAGCUUGAAUGCCGACGACUCCGGUACCGAAAGUGAUGCCGGAUCCGAUUCCGACUACGAAGUGGUGAAGAAGCCGGCCGCCAAGAAGAAGGCCAAGGCCUCUGGCGGUGCUGGCAGUGGUAGCGGCAGGAAGAGCACUGGUUUCACACGUGCCUACAACCUGUCACCGGAGUUGAGCGCCUUGAUGGGCGCCCAGUCACUGCCGCGUCACGAGGUGGUCAAGAAGGUGUGGGCCAUCAUUAAGGAGCGCGAUCUGUAUGAUCCGAAGAACAAGCAGUUCGCCAUCUGCGACGAUGAACUCAUGAAGGUGAUGAAGAUCCGCCGCUUCCGCACCUUCGGCAUGCUGAAGCACCUCAAGCCGCAUUUCCUCGACUAAAUCCCGCCGAUCCCCUCCAGAUGCAAAUAGGCCUCACAUACAUACACAACAUACAUCGCUUACAGCUUGAGCUUAGUUUCCACUCUUCCUCACUCUCGCUCUCCGGCAAACUUUCGGCUCCGCAUGAUUUGUUUGUUCCAAUUUUUUAUUAAGAUUUAGUUACGCGAUGUAGACUUCCGCGUCCUGACUUCUUCCGGGAGCACGGGAUAUAUAUGUGUGUAGCAUUAAACUAAUUAAGUCUACGGCAUUUUAAGUAAAAAGUAUGAAAGGACGACACUGAAAGGAAAACAAAUUAAGAAUGAAUAUAAUUGUAAUACAUAAAAAAAAAACGAAUGUAUAAUUUUUUGUAACGAACUCGAGUAGUUUACAUUUUAUAUAAACUUAUGGAAAAAACAUAACAAGUUUAAGGUAACAAAAAAAUGAGAAAUAGACGAGUGAUGCAUCUGAAAUAUAA